CCAUGCAGAACCUGAACGACCGCCUGGCCUCCUACCUGGAGAAGGUCCGCAAGCUGGAGACGGCCAACGCCGAGCUGGAGCUGAAGAUCCGACAGUUCAUGGAGGGCCAGGCCAAACCCGAGGGCCGGGACUACUCUGCCUACUACCUGACCAUCAGUGAGCUCAACGACAAGAUCGUCGCCGCCAAACAGCAGAACGGCGCCGUGUACCUGGGCAUCGACAACGCCAAGCUGGCCGCCGACGACUUCAAGCUGAAGUACGAGAACGAGCUGACCAUGAGGCAGAGCGUGGAGGCCGACAUCGCCGGACUCAAGAGGAUCCUGGACGAACUGACGCUGGCCAGRUCCGACCUGGAGAUGCAGAUCGAGACCCUGAGGGAGGAGCUGAUCUACCUGAAGAAGAACCACGAGGAGGACAUGCUGGGCAUGAGGUCACAGGUCAGCGGGACGGUCAAUGURGAGGUGGACGCCGCGCCCCAGCAGGACCUGACCGCCAUCAUGGCUGAAAUCAGAGAACACUACGAGAGCGUCGCCAACAAGAACCGCAAAGAUCUGGAGAACUGGUUCCAGGCCAAGUCUGAGGACCUGAACAAACAAGUCGCUGCCAGCACAGAAACCCUUCAAACCACCAGGACAGAGUUCAAAGACCUCAAAUCGACUCUGCAGGGCCUGGAGAUCGAGCUUCAGUCACAGCUCAGCAUGAAAGCCAGCCUGGAGGCCUCGCUGGCAGAGACACAGAACCGCUACGCCCAGCGCCUGCACGGCUACCAGAUGCAGGUCACGUCUCUGGAGGAGCAGCUGAUGCAGCUGAGGGCCGACCUGGCACGGCAGGGACAGGARUACCAGACCCUGCUGGACAUCAAGACCAGACUGGAGCUGGAGAUCAACGAGUACAGAAGGCUGCUGGACGGAGAGGGAGGCGGCAGCUCCUCCUCCUCAAAAUCCUCCUCAUCAACRACGACGACUCGGAAAGUCGUGAUCGUCACUAAAGAGGUCACCGAGGACGGAACGGUCACCACCGAGUCUCAGGAGAUAAAGUGAGACGUAACCAUCAGAUGACCUCACAAAUCAAAUAAACACUACAGAGAAAAUAAAACCUGUUUUCUGUU